UAAUCCACACCACAGCGGAUCGGGAUUGGGUCUGGGUCUAGUGGCGUAGCUGCGUCGUGCUCGCACCCAAAUCACCAGCGGCUGCAGCUUCGUCUUGCCGGAGCUCAAAUCUUAUCCCUCUUACUUAUUGGCUGCAGUCAUGGCCGCUGCCUUCCUACUCUGCCCCAGGGUGGCACUGCCUCUGCGCAGGGGAUGCCGCCUCGUCGUGUCCUGCUCCGCCUCCUCGUCAGAUGCUCCAGGAGGGGUGGAAUUCCAGGGAAGGGUGGGGUUUUUGGGCCUCGGGAUCAUGGGCGCCCCCAUGGCAUCCAAUCUCAUCAAGGCCGGUUGUGAUGUGACAGUGUGGAACAGGACCAAGAGCAAGUGCGAUCCUCUCCUCAGCCUUGGGGCCAAAUUUGAGGCUUCACCGGCCAGAGUUGCAUCAUCUUGCGAUGUGACCUUUGCAAUGCUUGCUGAUCCAGAAAGCGCGGCUGAGGUUGCAUGUGGAACAAAUGGAGCUGCAGAAGGGAUGGCCCCAGGGAAAGGGUAUGUUGAUGUGUCGACGGUCGAUGAUGUAACAUCUAAGUUGAUCGGCGAACGUAUUACAAGUACUGGGGCAUCUUUUCUUGAGGUAAAUUUCUGUCACCAUGCUUGGUAUUUGAGAAAGUGUACUAGUGAAAUACAUUUUUGCCUGGUACCUGAAACCAUCGAUAUGAUCACACAAGGCGAUGAAUCCCUGUACAAGAGAGUGACACCCCUACUUGACGUCAUGGGCAAGUCAAGAUUUUUUCUCGGGGAUGUUGGAAAUGGUGCGGCGAUGAAGCUCGUAGUUAAUAUGAUCAUGGGGAGCAUGAUGGUCUCCUUUGCAGAAGGGUUGCUCCUGAGUGAAAAAGUCGGGUUAGACCGGAAUACUGUAAUCGAGGCUAUUUCACAAGGUGCAAUCAAUGCUCCCAUGUUCUCCCUCAAAGGCCCUUCCAUGGUUAAAGCUUCAUACCCUACCGCCUUUCCCCUGAAACAUCAGCAGAAGGAUCUGAGGCUGGCUUUGGCCCUUGCAGAAUCAGUGUCCCAGCCCAUUCCUACUGCCGCGGCUGCUAAUGAGCUGUACAAGGCUGCGAAAUCGCUCGGCCUCGCCAAUCAGGACUUCUCCGCAGUCAUUGAGGCGCUCAAGGCAAAAGUGCAGAGUUCGCAGCAGUAGAAAUUGUUUGUCUGUUAAUUGAUUAGUUUUUUUAAUAAAGGAGGAUUUUCAUCGAUCUUUCUCCCGUUAAGUCACAUAACUGUCGGUGAAGUGGAACCCUGCCAGUGUUGCCAUUGAGGAAUAUAUAUGAACAAACCUAAAUGUAUAAUAUCUUUGUACAAGUGACUAUCGAUAUACAACA